CAAUUUCGAUCCUUUCUUUCUCUCAUGGAAGCUUUGGUAGAACCAAAAAUUGACUGUUUACUAUCAUCCAUACCAAAUCGUUCGAAGCCCAGGCGAUCCUUCCCUGCGGUUGGUGAAAUUACAAUUCAUUCAGUGCAGAAGGAAACUUGUUUAGUCUUCUCCUUCCACACCUCACAUAUUCCACGAACAUAUUUCACUGUCAACACCAACAACACACCCAAAGCCUCAAUCUUGUUCAGAUCCCUCGCACCCUUUUCCAUUCAAAUUAGGGGUUUGGCAUGAUGAGUGAGGUUUUCGAAGGGUACGAGCGUCAGUACUGUGAGCUCUCUGCUAAUCUCUCCCGCAAAUGUAGUUCAACCUCGCUUGUUUCUGAUCAAGAACAGAAGCUGCAGAAGUUUUCUGAGAUCAAAGCAGGCCUGGAUGACGCUGAUGUCCUGAUUCGGAAAAUGGACCUUGAGGCAAGAAGUUUGCAGCCAAGCGUAAAGGCAAUGCUUCUGGCAAAGUUGAGGGAAUACAAAUCUGGUCUAAGCAACUUGAAAAAGGAAUUUAAAAGGCUAACAUCACCUAAUUCUGAUGAGGCUGCCCGUGAAGAAUUGUUGGAGGCUGGCAUGGCAGAUACUCAUUCGGACUCUCAUCAUAUGGAGGACAGCGCACGCCGAGAGAAAGUUAGAAAGUAUGAAGAAUUUGUUGACAAACGCUUGAAACCUGAUCUUAUUCAUGCAAUUAGUCAACGGGACAAGGUUUUUGAACAACAAAAAAUUUUUGCUGAUCUGCGAAGAAACAUUGAAAAUCUAGAGAAGAAUAGUGUAACCAGUCUAAGAACUUUGGUCAAUCUUGGGUCUGAAGUGUACCUGCAGGCAGAAGUGCCAGAUACACAACGCAUAUUUGUGGAUGUAGGAUUUGGAUUCCAUGUGGAGUUUACUUGGUCUGAAGCUUUGAACUACAUAGAAAAAAGGGAAGAAAAGAUAGCCAGGCAGAUAGAUGAGUACACCCGGUUGAUUGCAUCAAUUAAAGCCCAAAUCAAGCUUGUUUGUGAAGGGAUUCGAGAAUUACUUCAACUUCCGGCUGAGAAAUUCUUACCAGAGCGGAUAUUUUGAUGUUUACCAACAAGCUGCUCAAGAAAUGAUGAAGAAAAACAGAGAUUGAUAUUUAUCCACCUCAGUACAUGAAGAUACAUAAAAUUUUGUUAGGUUUUUUAGCUACCCAUUUUCCUUUAGUUAUGGUGUCCUGUGUUAUUAUAGUACAAUUGUGAUGCCUCAACCUUCAUGUAAUAUUUCAAGGCAAGAUUUGUUUUUUAGCCAUUGGGUUUAAAUUGGUUGGCUUAAGAAUUUUCAAUAUUAGGCUUCAGUUUUUGUUUUUUGGGUCAGCAGAGUAGGCUUGAUUUUAUGACAGAAUGUUUGUAAGAAGGGCUAGGUUUAUUUUGCAUUAUAAGAAUUUGAAAAACUAAUGCAAAAUAAAGGCUUUGUCGAUGAAUAUUAGGGGAAAGUUUGACAAUUGAAUUCCUUUUCUGGUCCUAA